AUGUCAUCAUCGCCUGCCGCUACUUCUUACUCUUACACUUCUCCGAAAUUUACUUGCACAAGCCCAGUGAAUAUUGCUGUCAUCAAAUAUUGGGGAAAGGAGAAUGAAGAAGAACAUAUUCCACUCAACUCAUCUCUCAGCGCUACUUUGAACCAAGAUGAUUUAAAAACUACUACCACAGUUCAAGCUAGUACCGAAUUUACUUGUGAUGAGUUGAUUCUCAAUGGAAAGAAGGAAGAUGUUCAAGGAAGUAAACGUAUCCAAAGAGUGUUCCGUUACAUUCGUGAGGCUGCUACUGCAAAGUGGUAUACUGAACGUCCAAAUAAGGAUCAAGAAAUUUAUGUUCAUAUCGACUCUACAAAUAACUUCCCUACAGCAGCUGGUCUUGCUUCCAGUGCAAGCGGUUAUUGUUGUUUGGUUUAUGCUUUGGGUCAAUUAUUUGAAGUUAAGACAGACUUGAGUAUUAUUGCUAGAUUAGGAAGUGGUAGCGCUUGUAGAUCUUUAUAUGGCGGUUUUGUUGCUUGGGAAAAGGGAACAGAUCAUGAAACAAGCAAAGCUGUUCAAGUAACAGAUGAAUUUGAUGAAUUUUCAAAACAAACUAAUAUUGUGAUUUGUGUGGUCAGCGAUCGACAAAAACAUACUCCAUCAACUUCUGGUAUGCAACAAUCAGUAUUGACUAGUGAAAAGUUGAAAGUGAGAGCAAGUGAAAUUGUGCCACAAAGAAUGAUCGAAAUGGAAAAAGCUUUGAAGAACAAGGACUUUAACACUUUUGCUAGAUUGACCAUGGAUGAUUCAGAUAACAUGCAUGACUGUUGUGCUGAUACCAAACCACCAAUUUAUUACAUGAAUGACACCUCCAAACAAGUUGUUCAAUUAGUGAACGAUUUCAAUGCUUUUGACGAUGGAAAUGGAACUCAAAAUUUGAAGGCUGCCUAUACUUUUGAUGCUGGUCCAAAUGCUGUAUUGUUUUUCCCAAGCAAGGAAAUUACAAACAAGUUUUUGGCAAUUUUGCACGCAUUCUUCCCUCCAUCCAACCAAGAACAAUUCUUCACAAAGGAGCCAUUUGUUACUGAGAUGAAGCAAUACACCGAUUUGGUAGAGUCAUUCAAAAAGACAACUUCUGUUCAGGUAAGCCCUGAUGGUUUGAGAUAUCUCAUUCACACCACAGUUGGUGCUGGUCCAAAGGUUGUUUCUAAGGAAUAA